AUGUGUAUCUAUCGUCUCAAACCACGCAACAGAGCUCGUAAAGCGCAUAAAUCUGCAUCAACAGAGAUCUCCAACUCCGAAACUCCCGAAGAUUCUCAUACCAAUGGCGUGUAUCCAGGUGCUAUUAUAGCUUCCAACACCGGGGGCGAGCCUGGAAUUCAUGAACAGCUUGUCUAUGGUCCGACGUCAACCUUUGCAUUUCUACAGACUCUACAUAAUGAGCUGGAUCAUAGGCGUACACACACCUCCAGAAAUAAAUGUCAAAGUCUGGAUGCCUUUACUAAAAGAACUAUUUUCUUUGGCCUGCCGUCAAGAGUCGACCCGCUCUUACUUCCCCUACAGCAACGAAUGGAAGACAUUCUUCCAAGGUCUACCGCCAUUAGAUUCCUGCAAGCUUUUGAGAAAUAUUCUUCCCAUGGUUUACCGUUUAUAAACAUCGAUAGAACUCGAGUGUCAUUGGAUAAUCCCUACAACGUUAGGGUUAACGACACAUCAACGUCACAAGACAAAGCUCUACUACUCAUGAUACUCGCCAUCGGCGCACUUAGCACCUCUGAAACCGAUACCGCAGAGACGCUCUUGAUACAUGCUAAGCGAGAGGUCGCCCUGUUCGACGAUGUCGCCACAUUACCAAUAGAUCAGUUCUGUCUCCUGAUGUCAGAUUAUCAGCUCAAUAUGGGACGCCCAAAUGCUGCGUAUUUGCAAGUAUGUUCGGCUUCCACCAGAGCCUUGGCCAUGGGUCUUCAUGCUAGAGCUGAAGGUGAUAUAGGAAGGGAGGACUUGCAGACACGUUUGACUACCUUAUGGGCUACAUAUUUCCAACAAACAUGGAUAUGCUUCAUCGUUGGAAGGAAGGGAAUCUUUAGACGGUCAGAUAUCUCCUGCGAUUACCCAGACAAUGAACCAAUGCUCAUUGAUCUUUGUAAUCUGGCAGCCAUCCAGGAACAGGCAACGUCAUGUCCGAACGGGCAGAAAUACUGCACGCUUUCCCAGAUGUAUGAAAACACUCGAAAACUUCAUCUGCAGGUUUGGGGCGUCUGUGAAGACCUCUGGUUCGGUCCUUCUCCUCUUCGAUGCCAAGGAUCAGGGGCGGAUGAAAUGGCACGGCUUCUAGUCUGUAACGUUUACUGCCACUUCAUUCAUACUGUUUAUCGACCGUUCCUCGUUGCAGAGUCGGCACUAAGAGCUUUUGGUCAGCUGGAAAGAGCCAAUGCGAUUUGGCUUCGACAAGCGUGUAGAUAUGCUACAGACGCCGCUGAAGAUUCGAUUAUCAUCACCCAUCAAAUAUUCAAAGCUUCAGAUACCAAAGGAAUGAGACGAUACAAUUCCUUCUUUCUCGAAACAAGCUGCGCUAUACUUCUGUACGCAUCAAUGGGUCAUCCGUCCAAACAUCCACAUCAUCGAGAUAUUGUCGGGCUCGCGAUAGAGUGCCUUGAGCUAAUGGUGGUUGACGAUCCUGUCACAAAUGCAAUACUGCAUAUACAGAAGCUCAUUGAUGCCAUCGAAGGAUACAUACAUGGGCCGUUUAAUCGUGGAAUGGAAGACCCGUCCUCACAUGCAGACGUUGACCAGCGUCAGAACUCCGAUCAAGCCCAGGGAGUAUCUGUAUCGUUGCCCUCCGAGAAUAUCAUGGAUUCUACUACCAGCCCUAUAUCUGGCAGUGCGGACUAUAUGUUUUCGGGUUUCUUGGGUCUUCUGCCAUUGGACCCCUCAUUCGUGCUCAUGGUUGAAGACGGAACUGGUAUGGCGGAAUAA